GGCCCUUUUCUUUCUCCCUUUAGCGGUGAAGGUGCAACAGUAAUCGGUCGUCCCGAGCCCGGGUUCAUCCGACACCCUCACCAACCAAGCUGAACUGAGCGCUACUACAGCAGCAGCAACAUGCCUCCUAAAUUCGACCCCACCGAGAUUAAAGUUGGUAUGUUUUCAGUGUCCACUGGGUAAUAAAAGCAGCAGCUUGUUCACAGCCAAGAUGGAGUCGUUCUGUGGCGGCUGCCGGCCUGUGAACGGCGUAGAGAAAACGUGUACAUGAGAUGCACAGGAGGAGAAGUCGGAGCCACCUCAGCCCUGGCCCCCAAAAUCGGACCUCUGGGUCUGUCUCCCAAGAAAGUUGGUGAUGACAUUGCCAAGGCAACCGGUGACUGGAAGGGCCUGAGGAUCACCGUGAAGCUGACCAUCCAGAACAGACAGGCAGUGGUGGAGGUCGUUCCCUCUGCGUCGGCUCUGAUCAUCAAGGCUCUGAAGGAGCCUCCUCGUGACAGGAAGAAGGUCAAGAACAUCAAGCACAGUGGGAGUGUGACCUUCGAUGAGAUUGUGGGCAUUGCUCGCGUCAUGAGGCAUCGCUCCAUCGCCAGAGAGCUCUCCGGAACCAUCAAAGAGAUCCUGGGUACCGCUCAGUCUGUCGGAUGCACCAUCGAUGGUCGUCCUCCCCACGAUGUCAUUGAUGACAUAAACGCCGGCAAAGUAGAGUGUCCAUCAGAGUAAAUGAGCGACACAAAUAAAGAUCUCAAACUAAA